GCUUUCAAUAGUUGUCUCUGGUGUUUUGGGCCUUCAAUAGUGUUGCUUCUAGUGCCUUGGAUCUUAAAUAGUGUUAUCUCGUUCUUUGGGCCUUCAAUAAUGUCAUUUCUGGUACUUUGGAUUUUUAUUGAAGUCAUUUCUGAUGCUUUUG